AUGUCGCCGAACUCGAUUAUCAUCUUACUUAUCGAUCUUUUUUUGUGCACAAGAAUUCAAUCGCAGCAGAUAUUUCGUGAAUAUGUUGCUAAAAAAGACUUUUUCAAUGGAUUAAAAUCUGGUGAAUUUUCAAUUUACGAUCGAUUCAAUAGAAAUUUACUCUUUCGGCUCGAAUCACGUUAUGAUUUUCUUCAAAAAGCAGAACUUUUUGCAUAUCCACAACGACAAAUAGUCGGUUCAAUUAAAAAUAACUUCGUCAUGUGGCUAUACGAUUCUGACAUUCAAAUAUUUGAUAUGUUCUACAAUCAAUGGAUUCCUGGUAAAAUUACUCGAACUUUUCCUCAGUUUUUAUUUCGAUACAAUAUUCAAUAUGGAAAUCGACGUUUAUUUUUGGAACAUCUACCAUUUUCAUUCACAAGUGAAAUUCGAGAUGAAUUAGCACCGAGUUAUGUUCUUGCUCGAAUAAGAAAAAGACUAUCAUCACUUAUUCUGCCGAAUACAUAUGAUGUACAAGUCUAUACAAAUGAAUUGCCUGAUGCUAUCUAUUUUCUAGCUUUGUCUGCACUGGAUCAUAAUGAUUCAAUACUAGGACGUUCGCAUCAAAAUACAAACGGAAAUAAGCAAUAA